AUGUCAGAUUUAGUCCAAGCAUUAGAAAAUUACAUCAAAACUAAAAAGGCAAGUUCAACUAUACAAGGCCUCAUCAAUAACGAUGAAAACCACAUAGAGGUGCUGAUUGUUUGGUUUGAGACAUUUGUUGAAUAUGACGAUGCAUCGAAGUCUUUCAUUUCAAAGUUCAAGCAAGUGUACAAGGAUAUCAUAAAAAAAUCAUACAAAAGCAAGGCCAAAGUAGAUAUGAAGAGAAUUUUUCAACAGUCAAAAUCUCAAACGAACGCAGUGGUGAAUGGAAGCAAAGUCUUGGACGAAGCUACGAAUGCUGCCUCAGAGAGAUUAAUCUUGAGACUGAAACGAUCACCAAAAUUGAAGAUAGAAAUCAACCGACUAUUUGAAGUUGCCUCCAAAGAGGAUCGAAAUACCAUCGAGAUAUUCGCUAAUUUGGUUACCAAACUGCCCAACUUUGAACGACUUUCUCCUGUAGGAGAAAUGGAGCUGACGGUUAAUUUUUUGGACCCAAUUCUUUCGCCUAUAUUUCAUUGCCCUGACAACAACAAGCAUCUCAUGUGGUUAAAUCGUAAAGAUGAAAAUACAGCAAUAUUCCGACCAGAUGCGGCCACUGUUGCGAUCCAGCAAAAAACAGAUACUGUUACUUUGGGAUACGUAGAGGUGAAACCGCCAGAUUUCGAAUCCAGUCCCGAGUUGGCAUUCAUGGACUUGGUUCGUUUAGGCACAUUUUCUCGCCGUUUGAUGUUAAGAAAAAAUAAUCGUAAGGUGAUUGUGGUGCAAUGCAUUGGUUAUCACAUGGUGUUCUACUUGGUCUCAGCAUUCACAGAAGAAAUCACGCAAUUGGCUGAGAUCUUGUCCGUCGAUGUACCUAAAGAAAUUGGCCAAAUUGGGUGCCUUCUACAAAAGGUAGACGACUUCAAGCGAUUAUCCCUUUUGUAUGAGCAUCAAAUAGAGACUCGGUACAAAAUUUCAAGAGCACUUGAGGAAGAAGACGCUGCUCUACCAAUUGAUGCAAUCAAUCCCAAACGUCGCAAACAAAAAAUCCCCUCGUUCUCUUUGGCGUAA